AUGGGAGCCGGCAGCGAGGGAGCACGAGAGGAGUUAGCGCCGCUGCCCAAGAAGCGACCAGCCAGUGCAAAGCAAUGUGCCGAGUCCAAGGCGAGCGCAUCAAAGGUGAAGAAAAAGCCCGCUGCUCGCAAGCCAUGGCCAAACGAGCAAUGCCCGGGCAUGCCAGCCAAGCCUUGCACCUUUUCAACCAGUCACCUUGGCACACCUGCCAAAAUUCAUCCAGAGCGAGGAGAAAAACAUUGCAUGUUUUGCAGCAAGGAGGCAUUGGAAAAAGCUUUUUCAUUUGAUCGGCCAAAGGUCGUCCCAACCUUGAAGAAGUUGUCCGAAGAAGCUAGACGCAAAGCCUUCAGCAACAUAGAGAGUUGGCAAGGUCAAGAAAAAGCCAAGCCGCCAAAAGAAGAAUGGAAGCAGCUGCUCGAAGCCCGAAAGCCAUUGAAAGCACCGAUGGAAGAAGAAGAGCAGAUCAAAUAUGAGCAGGCAGUUCGAAAAGAUCGCCAAAGGGCGAGACGCAAAGUUUUGUGUCCUGAGCACAAGGGCAAGCAUGGCAGCCUGGCACAAGAAGAAAAGGAAGUUGCAGAAGUUCGAGCGCGAUGCGGCGAGAUCGCUGACCUCGCAACCAAUGACUGUGGUAUGCCUGCCCCUCAAAAUGAAACGGCUCGUAUGCUCGAAGCUUGGUGCAAACAGGGAUCUUGGGCCAUGUGCACCACAUGUCAUUCGCUUCAGCCGCAAAAUUUGGAGCCGAUGGACCUGAAGCGGGUGAAGGCGGCUUCCAUGACGCCUAAGAAGUGCACGGCCUGCCGCCACGAGGAGUACGUGCCAGCGCUGGAGGACGUCCCGCCAGCUUUACGAAACCUGACACCGGAGGUCUUGCAAGCCCUGCGACCGCUCGACGUUAACACAGGACCUGCAGUACGGGCAGAUUACGGCUAUCGCGUGCACAUGAGCAUGAUCUCUUUCGCAUGGGCACCCAGAAGUGUAGAGAGCAAGAUCAAAAAGCUUCCGAAGGCCGAUCGGCGCCUUGCUCGCGCAGCUUUGAAUCAUCUCCUGAGCUGCAGAGACAGCGACUACCUCGCGUUCUAUGACAAGCAUAUGGAGUUCUUGCACAGGUACGGGAAAGAUGCCGAAGAGAAGCUGCGCAAGAGGCCGCUACGCUAUAUCGAACAAGAAGGCUUAGAGUGCGCACUAUGGCCCCACCUCUACUGGCAUCGCAACCUCUGCGAAACGGUCGCAAGAGCUUCGCACGAAAGCCGACGGGCGAAGAAGCGCAAAGCCAAGCGCCAAACAGUGGAUUCCGAGGAGGAAGAUGAUGAGGCCAGCGAUGAAGCCAGCAACGAAAGCAGACCCAGCGCUGACAUCCAGCAAAGCAAGAUGGGCAGAAUCAAGCGCGGCUUCAUUCGAAAAGUGCUUUCGCCGGUCAUCGGCUAUGGCACAGACUAUGAACUGCUGCACUUCGUUUAUGACCUCAGCAUGUGGACUACGGUGGGGGCCAAGAAGAACAUAGCUCGACAGUUCGAAGUUCCACUGCGGGUGAUCUUGGCUGGAUGCAUGCAACGUCAGUGCGGCAACGCAACACUGUUCCGCACCCGGGCACCCUAUGAGAUGACCUUUCCACACCACGAAUGGGUGAUGCACGAGCAACGGGUGGCCGGCCGAGCGCGCAUGCAUCUGGCAGGUGCAGAAACGCUCCAUCAAGCGCAUGUCUUGCUCGAGCUGGACAAGGCCUUCAUUGCUGGAGCUCGUGGGGAAACUGGCCGCGCUGACCGUAUUUGGAAGAAUCAUUUGUUUGGGCCCGCAAAUGACAAAGACGUCCAGACAGUGAUCGGCCGCGUCACUCGGUUGGAAUUCCAAGACGGCAAAAGAAAGAAAGCCACAAGAACUUAUCAUGGUAGAGGGACCACGCACAGCCACUCACUGGACUUCUUGCAGAACAUCAAAGACAUUGGUCUGGAAAGCAAAAUCUCAGCCCAUGUGCCAGACAAGGAGCGUCACCCGUUGUUGCAUGGACUGGUCAUGGAUAGCCAGCAGGAUCGCACGAGCUCCAAGAUUCCAAUUCGAAAGCAGAAGUCCACAUUUGACGAGAAGACACAGAAAGUACUUCUGAAGCACACGCCAACAGAUCAUGACCUGAACAUACGGGCCUAUUGCCCCAAGACGAUGGAAGUCACCAAGUGCCACGAAGACAUUCAGCAGCCAGACGGCAAUGGUGCUGUGCUUCGGUACGUUGCGACUUACUCCCUGAAGUUUAGUGAUUCCAUGGAAAAAGAAUGGCUCAACGAGCAAGCUUCAGACUAUAGUGUGGCACGGCGCAUUCUCUUCAGCUACCACCCUUUGGAACCAGAGAUGUGGCUGACCCUCGCGCAAGAGAGAUUCCCUCAAGUAGAUUACAAGGGGUCGCUGGUAGAAUUCUUCGUUCCUCUGCCAGACACGGAGAACAAGCCAAAGCUCUUGAACAACUAUGAAAAUGCCACAUGGCGUCGGGACGACAUGCCCUUCAUUCAAUUCCUUCGUAAGAGCAACCAAGCUGGAGAGAUCGUACGCCACAUCAAGGAAAAGCAUUUCCAAUAUGCGGCCAAAACGGUUGAGCAGGCCAUGAUCGAUGCAGAGGUGCCGCCAAAGGAGGCUGCCAGGCAGAGCGCUGACUUGAUCAAGAGCUACAAGCGACAACUCAAAUCGGACGCGUCGCUGGGCACGCUGGCCGAGUUUGUGGAGAGCGAAUGGGAUGUGUGGCUGCCGGAAGUGGAGGAGUUUGCAAACAGCUACAAACCACAAGCCGAAAAAUUGGUUGCGGCCAGCAUGUACAGUAUGCUCAAUGACCGCUACUACGGCCAGUGGCUGGUAUUGCACAAGUCCUUUCGUGAGCUAGAAGACCUCACAAAUGCCUCUGCCGGCGUUGCAGCUCGAGUGCCUCCACAUUACCGGUACUUUGCCAUGGCCUUGCAAGCCGCUCCCGAAUUCUGGGGCAACGAUGAUUCCAUCCAAAGCCAAAUGGAACUGGAGGCCCAUGGUCAAGCAAUGAUCAAAACUAUCUUGAGCAAGGUCCGGGCCCAAAGAAGCUUGGUUUGGAGCUGCCUCAACGGAGAGGUGGACCUCGACAGCGUGGUUGAAGCGGAAAGCAGCGGCGAAGACAGGGAAGAUGGGCCGGCUGAGCAGCCAAAGAUCAAACUCACAGCAUCACAGAAGAAGUUUCGUGAUGCCAUGAAGGAGCCAAUCCAACGUGCCUUGAAGGCAGCCAAUGCAACCAGCGACGAAGAAAUCGAAGACCUGACAGUUGAAGCCCAGAACAACAACAAGAUGUUAUUCGCCAACGGCGGGCCGGGUAGCGGCAAAACCUUCGUGUUGCACGCUCAAAUCAAGCGCUGGGAAGCUCGAAGUGCUCGCGUACUCCUUGUCGUUCCUACCGGCCAGCUUGCGGCAGAGAUGAAGCCGCAGCACCCCAACAUCGAUGUGGACACCUACCAUGGUGGACUCUUCUUUCACAAAGACCUCUCCGAGGCGCUAGGCGUCAUGACGCAAUACGACCUCAUCAUCUUGGAUGAGGUCUCAAUGCUGACUGCAGAGCAGUUCGAACGAGUUGUUGCCAUGUGGACAGCUGCUGACAAGCUACCGUGCAUCUUGCUGGCCGGUGACUUCUGGCAGAUGCCGGUGGUGGACAAGAACGCGCGGCGCUGCGACGAGAGCCCUUUGUGGAGAUCGAAUGUCCGCUUCGUGAACUUUCAAGAGCAAGUCAGGUGCAAAGACCCUGAACUGCAAGAGACCUUGUCUCUGUUGCGAACUGCGCCUCCCAGCAAGCGCCAACUGAAACAAAUCCUGCGCGGGCACAGGGCAUGGACUAGCCACACGCCCGAGGCGUGGGACAUCUUGUGUUUGCUGCGCAACCAGCCUCAAACCACCAUCGUAACGUGCACCCGCAAAGCCAGCGGGCUGGUGAACGAGCUCGCUAUCCAAGUCCUCUUCAAAGACCGUCACAAGACACCGCUCGGCGAAAUCCCGGUGGACUUUGACACAAACCCGGACAACUACCUUGCCGACGGGAGCCUCAAGAAGGGCAAGUUGCACCCAAAGAUGAUUCAGGUAUACCAAGGUGAGCGGCUCUUCUUGACCAAGAACCUGGACAAGGAGAACGGCUUUGUGAACGGCAUGUCUGCCAUCGUGCACGAUUACGACCCAGCAAGUCAAUGCCUGUCGGUGAUCACGAAAAUGGGAAAGAUGCUUGCAGUCCAUUUGUACACCGAAGAAAUUCAAGACCACGGAAAUGUGACUUCCUUCCCAAUUCGGUUGGGUUACGCCACAACCAUCCCAAAGAUUCAAGGAGCCACAGUGCCACACAUUACCGUGUGGUUAGACAGGCCCGGGUGCCGUGCCGCAGCCUACGUGGCAUUGUCGCGAGUCGAACGGGCUGCGCAUUAUUUGAUCGCCGGGAAGGCGCGCCCGGCCCACUUUGUGCCAGCGCAGUGA